CAACACUCAAUCGUGGUUUACGAUGAGUGUCGAUCAUUGAAAUCCAGAAUGAGUUUACCGAAGCUCACGAUAAAGAAGGUGGGAGCCACGCCGUACGCCAAGGAAGUCACAGCCAACUCUUACCGUCGCAUAAUCUUCACAAUGCAAUUCCGAGCUCUACCAUGUCCUUGCCAUCCCGCAUUUUGAUCUUCUUUAAUCAACAGAUUGUCACCCUAGAUGUAUCACUACAGCGCUUUAGGAAUCAAAGAGACCGGAUUGACCGUGAGCCUCCAUCAGUUGAACAUCGUUCACACCCCGUAGAGUUCGCACCUGGACUCACUGAGCACCGACGACCUCCUACUGGAACCUCCAAUUACCCACCAAGGACGACCGAGUCAUCAGGGAGUGCUCCUGUGACGUUGCCCCCUUCAGCAAUCAAAACGCCUAUUGGUUGCAAGAAAAGAGCCGGUGUCUUUAAGGUGAAGAGGACGGUCGUUCCGCCAAAUCCAGUCGUCCAACGAAGGAACGAGAUACGCGACGUGAUAGAGCCGCUGUUCUCCGAUGCCCCAUUUGUCUUGAUCUGCGAGGGAAAAGAACGAGAUGCUGUCAUCUCCACCAUCAGACUCACAGAUGCAUUGGAUCCCGUCGAUGUCUGGGCCAAAUUGUCUGGAGUCGCGCGGCAGUGCACUCGGCGGUGGAAACGAUUGCUGGGCCCUGUGAGGCUUGAGCUGGUAAAUUUGAUAAUUAUCGGCCGGCACGCCCAAAGACCGGGUGCAUUCCGGGGACAGUUCCAGAUCGUCAACAUUGCUGAAAGAAUCGAGGCGCUCCAAAAGUUGAUCAGCAACUACAACUAUGACAUCACCGAACCAUCGAAUCCCGACGAGAGGCGACAUGAUUCACGAGGCAUGGGGAGAAGACUCCAAAUUUCCCAAACUCAGCAGUUGCGGCGUCCAAAUUCAUGUGGAUAGGUUGAAAGAGCUUUCAAAGCUCAAAAUGGCCUCAACCUGGAAUAUGCUCCUGGCCUAUCCAGAGCUAGCCGUGGGCAACGAUAUGCUUUACGAUAAAUGGAUAUACUCCUCAAAAGACAUCAUACCACCUGUUGAAGCUGCCGUGAUUCGUGCAGUGGCGGAAAUUGAGUUUGUCGGCUUCCGAAUCGUCGAAUGGCCUUAUGCCAGCUUUAGCACGCCAUCUGUGAUACUCUUGG